AUGCUCACCUUCAAGAAAGCCCUCGUGCUUUCCCUCGCCGUCGUCACCCUGUUCUUCCUGUUCAAGAGCACCCACUCGUCCACCUCGCCCGCCUCCUACCGCAAUGCGAACGACAUGCCCAAGCCGUCCUCCAUGCAGAAGCCGAAGCCUGCUCCCAAACAAGAGGCCAAGCCGAACAAGGCCGACAAAGCAUUUGACACGCCCGACGUCCCGAAGAAGGUCAGGGAGCAGAUCCCCUUGGACGAGCUGCACAAGAAGCCCUUGCGCAACCAGCUCGAGUACCAGUUCCCCUACGACGUCGACUCCAAGUUCCCUGCCUACAUCUGGCAGACGUGGAAGACGACGCCCGCCCAGGGCCAAUUCCCCGAGGCAUUCCGCGAGGCAGAAGCCAGCUGGACCAUCAAUCACCCAACCUUCGUACACGAAGUCAUCACCGACGACGUGGCCGUGCACCUGAUCCGUCACCUCUACGCCUCCGUUCCCCAGGUCCUCGAGGCCUACAACGCUCUGCCCGUCCCCGUCCUCAAAGCCGACUUCUUCCGCUACCUCAUCCUCCUCGCCAGAGGCGGCAUCUACUCUGAUAUUGACACCCACGCACUGAAGAGUGCUGCCGACUGGAUCCCUUCGGAUGUGCCCAGCAACUCGUAUGGCAUGGUUAUUGGCAUCGAGGCUGAUCCGGACCGCCCGGACUGGGCUGACUGGUACGCGCGGCGCAUCCAGUUCUGCCAAUGGACUAUCCAAUCAAAGCCCGGUCACCCGGUCCUCGUCGAUGUAGUUGCCAACAUCACCCAGGAAACGCUGCAACGCAAGGCCGAAGGCAAGCUCACCAAGGAUCACAAGGGCAUCAUUGAAUUCACUGGCCCCGGUCUGUGGACUGACAGCAUCUUCUCUUUUUUCAACGAUCCUGCGUAUUUCGACAUGAGCACCAGCAAGGGCAACAUCUCGUACACCCACUUCACAGGCAUGAAGCAGCCCAAGAAGGUUGGCGACGUCAUCAUUCUCCCCAUCACGAGCUUCAGCCCUGGCAUCAAGACGAUGAAUGCCGGCGAAGAGGACGACCCAAUGGCUUUCGUGAAGCACCAAUUCGAAGGCUCCUGGAAGCCCGAGAAUGAACGCCAUAUUGGCAAGGUCUUUAAUUGA